GCAAAUACCUCAACACCUGCCAGGAAACAGGAGGCUUCACUCUGAAGUAACUGAUAAACAAGUGUGAAGCAUGAGGAUCAACCCUGCUAUUCAGGCUGCUAUUGACCUCACAGCAGGAGCUGCAGGUGGGACAGCAUGCGUGGUGACCGGCCAGCCCUUUGACACCGCAAAGGUGAAGAUGCAGACGUUCCCUGACAUGUACAAAGGCAUUGUUGACUGUUUUGUGAAAACCUACAAGCAAGUGGGGUUUCGAGGCUUCUACAAGGGAACCACACCAGCGCUCGUAGCCAACAUCGCAGAGAACUCCGUUCUGUUUAUGUGCUAUGGAUUUUGCCAACAAAUUGUGAGAAGAAUUGUUGGCGUAGACAGGAAAACAAAGCUCAGUGAUCUGCAGAACGCUGCUGCAGGCUCAUUCGCCUCUGCCUUUGCCACCCUUGUCCUCUGUCCCACAGAGCUGGUGAAGUGCCGGCUGCAGGCCAUGCAUGAAAUGCAGCUGUCUGGAAAGAUAAUCCAGGGACACAAGUAAGUGUACACCCUGCCCAGUGUCUCCUAA